GUUACACACACACCACAGCACAGACAUGAAAGACUCAGAUCGCGAAUACCCGCGCUUUUGGCUCCUUCGCCUCCAGCUGUCGUCCCUGUUGCUAGUGGCAACCAGCGGGGUGUGGCUGUACAUCAGGGUGCUGGUCCGGAACGACCUUGCUGUAGCAGAGGGGUCAGAACAAGAUGGCGGCGCAUUGUUGUGGGUUAGUGCCUUGCCGUCCUACGCGCUGGUGUUGGUGUUUUUAGCGGGACUUGGGGUCACGGCGUACGCGUGUCGACCGGAGAGUGAAUUCAUGGUGCCUGGCUUGCAGAGGAGGUGGCUUUUCUACGACUGCAUCUGGUGGCCGGUCCAUUUCCUGUUCUCCGUCCAGGUCCUCACCUACAUCUGCGUGGAUCUCGUUCCCUGGGUUUUCCGGUCGGAGAAAGGUGCUAACUGCGCAUGCUCAGAGAUACAGGCAUUCGGAUUCGGUUCAAAUCGUCCUACAGCAUCAAAUACGUCACAAUCAGACGACACUUUUUCUGCGAUCACCAACGACACAAAUCAAUGCGGUGACGCGGCAUGCGUGGUGGACUGCGCCGCCUAUCUGUGCAGGUGUGUACUGCACUCCCUCGGCCGUACAGAGACCGUUUUCUCUCUCAACGUCACCACAAUUUCGGACGACAUAAAGAAGAUGUACGGGCUGGUGGUAGAUGCUGAAGCAACCGUCACAAACUCGGCAAUCAACACGUCUGACGUCUUCUCAAAUAUGGCGGGAAGCUGGGGAUCAUGGGAUGGUGAUGACGUCGCCAGGAUGGUUCAAAUCUCUGCCGUUAUCUUACUGACGUCACACGUGAUGACGUGGCACCACCAUCGCAGACAGCACCUGGAGUUCUGCCUCUACUGGACCCUGCAGACGAUCAGCGCUUCUUCCCUCCUUACACACCUCCUUCAAGACACGGCUUUCUUCCAAGACAAGUUCGCUCUAACAAACGCCAUCGUCGCCUUUGUUUGCCUCGCCUUCAUCUUCAUGACCUUGACCGUCGGUUACGAAGGUCAUCGCCUACUACAGUAUGACGUCAUCGAUCCCGACCCUCAUCUGAAUCACGUGUUUAUGAGUAACCUUGUGUGUUUCACAGGUGUCCAGGGACAGUUGGGCGCGCCGCUAGCGGAGGAACUCAGACAGAAGUACGGUCGGGACAAUGUGAUCGCCACAGGUCGGAGAUUUCCGGAGGAGGAGCUGGCGGCGAGCGGCCCGUACAAGUUCUUAGACGUGAUGAAUAUGGACAUGAUGCGGCAGUUCGUGGUGGAUCAUCGCAUCGACUGGGUGGUACACUUCAGCGCCCUGCUCAGCGUAAUCGGAGAAUCCAACGUGCCCUUGGCUAUCCAGAUCAACAUCGAGUCCGUGCACAACAUGUUGGAGCUGUGUAAGAACUACAACCUGCGGCUCUUCCUACCGUCCACCAUCGGCGCCUUCGGUCCCACCUCCCCGCGGAACCCCACCCCCGAUCUCUGCAUCCAGCGGCCCCGCACCAUCUACGGGGUGGCCAAGGUGCACGCGGAACUCAUGGGGGAGUACUACAACCACAGGUUCGGACUGGACUUCCGGAGCGCUCGCUUCCCAGGAGUCAUUUCGGCCGACACCAUGCCAGGAGGAGGAACCACAGACUAUGCAGUAGCGAUCUUCCAUGACGCUAUCCAGACGGGGAAGUUUGAGUGUUACCUUCGGCCGGACACGCGCCUGCCCAUGAUGUACCUACCCGACUGCAUCCGGGCUACUGUCGAGAUGCUAGAGGCCCCGGAUGAAGACUGGAAGCUGCGCACGUACAACAUCACAGCCAUGAGCUUCACGCCGGAGGAGAUUGCGGAGGAGCUAAAGAAACACAUCCCCAACCUGGAGGUCACCUACAAACCGGACGACAGACAACAGAUCGCUGACACGUGGCCGGAAGUGUUCGACGACAGCGGUGCGCGGAAUGACCUUGGGUGGAAUCACGAGUAUGACCUUCCGAAGAUGGUGGAAACCAUGGUGACGCGCCUCAGGAAGAAGUACGGCAAAUAGCGCGCUGUCACAAGGUCAAACGGUCAAGGUCAAAUAGAGGGUCAAAGGGGUAAAGGGCACUGGCGAGCUAAAUAGUUGCUAUGUUGCAAAUGCAAUUUUAAUGAUUUGUAAUGGAAACGCCAAAACAGUACGGUGCAACUGAGUAGAUAUGUAUAUGAAAUGAUUUUAUAAGGCACAGCCUUUUUUAGUGUCAAUGCUGUGUACUUUUGCAGUUCAAACUGUUUGAACUGUUCAAAAUAAAAAUGGUAGCAAGGAUUGUA